AUCAACUAUGUCAAGUCUAGUAUACUUUGCAUCUAAGCAAUUGCUAAAGCGAGCCCUCGGGGACACGCUCGACGACGACCUCGACGACACGCCGGACGUGACAACCCCCGACGAGGGCGACGAUGCCGAAAACCCCGUCACGGAGGAGAUUUUUUCCUCAUGGGCGCUCUUUAUCCUACUUUCCCUUUUGUGUGCUGCAUUGUGGUCAUCGUACUUUCUCCAGCAGCGACGCAUCAAGGCCAUCCACGAGACGGUUCUUUCGAUUUUCUACGGGAUGAUCGUGGGAUUGAUCAUCCGGGUUAGCCCUGGUCAUUAUAUUCAAGAUGCGGUUAAGUUCAACUCUGGUUACUUCUUCAACAUCUUGUUACCACCGAUUAUUUUGAACUCCGGCUUCGAGUUGAACCAGGCCAACUUCUUCAGCAACAUUGGCACCAUCCUCACGUUUGCCAUUCCGGGGACUUUCAUUAGUUCGUUGGUGUUAGGGAUCAUUUUGUAUGUUUGGACCGCCAUAGGUUUAGACGGCGUAAGUCUUGAGUUUGUGGACGCAUUGGCGGUGGGAGCCACCUUGUCAGCCACUGAUCCAGUGACCAUCUUGUCAAUUUUCAACGCGUACAAAGUGGACCCCAAGUUGUAUACGAUUAUUUUCGGGGAGAGUUUGUUGAACGAUGCCAUCUCCAUUGUCAUGUUCGAGACAUGUCAGAAGUUCCACGGCAAGCCCGUGCACUUCCUGUCGUUCUUUGAGGGUAUCGGUUUGUUCUUGAUGACCUUCACCAUCUCCACCAUCAUAGGUAUCUUCAUCGGUAUCAUGGUGGCCUUGAUCUUGAAACACAGCCAUAUCAGACGGUAUCCACAGAUCGAGACGUGUUUAGUGCUCUUGUUCGCCUACGUGUCGUACUUCUUCUCCAAUGGGGCCCACAUGUCGGGAAUUGUGUCGUUGUUGUUCUGUGGAAUCACCUUGAAACACUAUGCAUAUUACAACAUGUCCAGAAGAACCCAGAUUGCAACCAAGUACAUCUUCCAGUUGUUGGCCCAGUUGUCGGAGAAUUUCAUUUUCAUCUACUUGGGUCUCUCGUUGUUCACCGAGGUGGAGUUGGUGUUCAAGCCAUUGUUGAUCAUUGUGACGUUUCUCUCUAUUUGUGUGGCCAGGUGGGCGGCUGUGUUCCCGUUGUCACGGCUCCUUAACUUUUUGUACAAGGCCAAGUUCAAGGAGUUCACGAACCGUAACUACGUGAAUGGUGGCAUCUCGUCACAGCUGGUGCCGGACGAAAUCUCCCACUCGUACCAGAUGAUGAUCUUUUGGGCCGGUUUGCGGGGGGCCGUCGGAGUGGCCUUGGCCAUGGGUCUUCAGGGCGAGGCAAAAUGGGCUCUUUUGGCGACGGUGUUGGUGGUGGUGGUGUUGACGGUCAUUUUGUUUGGUGGGUCUACCGCGUCCAUGUUGGAGAUUUUGGGGAUCAAGACCGGGGUGGAACAGCACCUCGAUUCCGACGAUGAAUUUGAUAUCGAGGCUCCCCGGCUCCCGCUUUCCCAUAACCCCACACCGUCAUCGUCGACUCAAAACGUCAUUUUGGGUAACCGCAGGUUCAACGAGCCGUUUACUCGGUCGCAAACCUCCAACCAUAACCUUUACAAAGAGGAAAACAUCCGAUCCCGCAACGAUUCCAAUGCCAGUCUCAGCAGAAAGACAUCCAACGUCAGUCUCUCGAGCGCUACUCGUGAAGACGACGACGAUGACGUUCCUGUUAGCGAUAACGACGAUUUGCUCGCGGGCCUUGAGGCUGGAGGACCCAGCUCCCUCAACGUCGCCAGCACAAACAAUAGCGGUGUGCUAUCUGCGUUUUUGAGUGCCGAGGAGCAUGCCAGAUGGUUCACCAGGUUUGAUGAAGAGGUUUUGAAACCUGUGUUACUAGACACCAUCCCCAAAAGAAAUAAUGACAGUAACAAUCCAUGAUGACUCGGUAAAUUUGAAGUAUCUACACAUAUAUAUUCUGCACUUCAUUCCCAAUUAACGUCAAUAAUUCGAAGUGCCUACCAAUAUAAAUCUUAGACACCAUUUUCAAGAUGACUGUAACUUUUAUAAGUACUAAGGCGUAUAUACUACUUCUUCUGGCGAGUGGCUAUUUCCUCAUCAAUGACUCGUUUAGCUAAUUUGAAGCAUGGGGCAGACAAAAGCAAGUCGUUCAACUUGUAGUUGUAGGCCACACAAAGAAGCUUAAAAUUGAAUAACGUCAAAUCAUGCAAUAGUGUGAUCAAGUGUUUGGAGUGCACCACAUCGGCCUUCCGCUGCCCAAGCGUCAAAAAUACUGAUGCCGGCAAAUGGUCCACGUACACAGCACAUCCUCUAAUAGGCCUUUCAAGAAGAUUCAACGCAUCGGAGAUGUGCUGGUUGCUGAUGCUGAAAUUACGGUCUUCUUCUAUGGCAUGUACCAAGAGAUUAGCUACCGAGAUGACUGCAUUGCCGUAGUUGACGGCGUUCAACACCCGACUUUCUGUGUCCCUUUUGAGCGACACCCUGAACGGUAUUCCGAGGCUCGUAGCCAAAAAGUUGUUUCUGUAUACUUCCACCACGUUCAACACCUGCUUGAUCACCGGCUUUAAUUUGGCCACCACCACCGACUCGUCCUUGGCUUUGGACUCCGAUAAGAGCGACGCCAAUAAGCGGUUCAAGGGUAUCAACAAAUGCUUGUCGAUGAGUUCAAAGUACUUUUGCUGAUUCGAUUGGGUCGGUUUUGCACCCACUUUUUUCAGAGCAUCCACCAACUCAUCGUACAGCCGGACAUUGCUGUCUGGUAGGCGCUCCGUAUUCAUCACGAACGAGUUGCCAAAAAUCCCUGACUGGUCGCUCCUGAUGUCGUCCUUCACCUGGAGCUGGCUCUUUUGUAGUACCUUCGCAUCUGCGCUCGACCUGUAGUUGAUUCUUUGUGUGGUCUGUUUGAUCAAAAUCGUGCACUCGUCCAAGAUAGCGGGCCAGAUAAACCUGUUGGUAGAAUGGGCACUGUAGAUGGCGGUUCUUAGCUUGACACCUUCAGGAGUGUUGACGGUCGAGAUGUAUGCUAGUUCUUGAAGUGCAGUCAACUUGCUCAACUGGUUAUUCGGAUCUGUGUUCCGCAAUCCACUUAACAACGUGUUGAUGGGGUCCGAACUGUAGGUGCUGAUCGGUUUCUUACCGUCCAAACACCCAAUGGAAGCGUAGACGUUGAAAAAAUGGUUGACCAUUUCCCAGGCGAAUAUCACGUUGAACGACAUGUAUGCCAAGUUUACCAACGUUUUGAACGUCAAGCCCAACUUAGGGGUUCUAGUGUCCAACCCUAACACGAAGAGCCACACGGUUCCCAAUCUAUACAAAACAGCCCGAGAAAACCAAUACACCACUGGCACACUCACCACACAAACAGUGUUGAUGACCACCGAAUGGCUCAAUAACUCCGGUACUUUCACUGUCAAAGCACUCUUGGGGUCCACCCUGCUGAUACCGUACUUGAAAUCGAGUCUGUUCCUUUCAAACACAAACUGCUGUAAAGUGUACACAAACGCAAUGACAACACUAUAGAACCACAGGUAUACCCAUUGGUCGUUGGCCUUGGGCUUCACAUCGUAUUCCUUGGAGAUGAUGUAGUAGUUGGUGAACAACCCGAUCUGGACCAGAAACACCGUUGUCAACGUCAAUGAAGAUGCCAAGUACCCAAUGAAACUCAACCAGAAACUCAGGCCGGUGACACAGUUGUAAAAAUGGGAACCCAAGGUUCGGUGGUGUGAGUAGUUGACCGUUAUGGUCCGAGAACGUACCUCCUUGAUGAUAUAGAGAGCAACAAACACAAUAGGGCCUUUAGCAAAGAUCAUCACAAGGUUCCACCAGAGCUUCCCGUAUGGAAACGCCAACGCCAAACACACGAAUCCGGCCAAUAACGCGGUGAUGUUGUUGACAAACUUCAAUCUCUUGUGUAAAACCUUGGCAAAAAGCUCCUGAUACGCGGCGGCUCGUUUUUUCCCACUCACCUCUGACAUUUGUAUCUGUUUAUCUGGUUUGUACUUCAGUAAAGAGUGUUUUGAGAGUUU